GUUAUUCACGUAACUUUUAUCACAAGCCAAUAUGUAAGAACUCGAACAAGAGCACACUAGCUAUGACGUCAAAAUAUAUUUAGCUGAUAUUAUUCAACAAGAGUAUAUGUAGCAUGCAUGCUAGUAGGCAUUUGAACCCGGAGAUUGACGAAAACGGCGCAAUAAUUUGAAGGAAGGACCUAGGAAAGGAUUGAGUUAAUGGGUAGCCGACUCAGUGACCAGCGCCGGCCCCCAGCAAAGACGAGUGCAUUUGAAGGUGUGAUCUGUGCGGUAGAGGGGACGAGUGGCUGCCAUGCCGGACGAAGAAAAGGACGUGGUCGAGUUGAUUGGAGAUUAUACCGCCGGCCUGCUCGACAAGUAUCAGCGCAUUAAAGAUGGCGACAAGUCCAUUCCAUUCUGGGACCAGGUGGUGCUGUGCUGCACGGACGACACCCGUAUCGAAGCGGCCUUCGAGCGCAGUGUGGCGGCGCUGAGCCUACCCUCUGCGGCGCGGUACAGAGUGCUGCCCGACCCGCCUGGAGUCAGAAUAGAGGGAGGAGGAGCCACCAUGCACGCGCUGGCCAAACUGAGGGAGGAGUUCGGCGACCAGCUGGAUGAAAUGCGUGUGCUGGUGAUACAGGCAGGCGGGUUCAGCAAGCGUCUGGUGCACCACGCCGUCCUGGGAAAGCUGUUCAGCGUGCUUCCCCUGGGCGAGCGCGGCCUGAGCGUGCUGGAGCUGAAGCUGGCCAUGUACCUGCCGUUCGCGGCGCUGUUGCCCCGUGGCGGCAUGCUCACCACCAGCUGCGACGACCUGCAGCUCUGCUGGCUGCCCGAGCAGCCGCCCGAUGAUCUGUUUCCGACGAAACCGGAAGGUUUUGUGACGCCGUCUCACCCGGCUCCGCUGUCGACGGCUGUCAACCACGGAGUGUACGUCCUGCCGCCCGGCGAGAAGUCCGGUAACCAGUACGUGUUCUCGGCCCCCUGUGAGGAGGUGCUGCAGAAACCCAGCGAGCAGCUGAUGAGGGAGCGAGGCGCCGUCUUCAUGCAAGACGGCCGGGAGACGGUGCAGAUUGACGGCGCCGUGUGGGCCGGGCCGGCCGCCAUGCGCGCUCUGGAGGCGCUCUACGUCCGUCUGCGACCACUCAACGAGGAGGUGAGCGUGUGGCGCGACUUCCUGCCGUCGGGCGGCCGCCGCCGGCCCGGCCACUACGAGUCUGUGGAGGUGCCGCGGCUGCCGGCCGACUCGGCGCGCCGCAUCACGUUCGACGCGCUGCUGGGCGUGCCGCUGACGGUGCUGGCCGUGCCUCGCUCGCGGUUCUACCACCUGGGCACGCUGCCCGAGUACCUGCACCACCUGGCCGGUGGCGGCGAGCUGGCGCGCGUGCUGCGCCUGCGCCGCUGGUGCCACGCGCGCGGCCAGCCGCAGGACGGGGUGGUGAUGUACUCCGCUCUCUGCCCGCACAGCCGGGUGCCCGCUAGUGCCAUGGUGGAGUUCUGCCGACUGCAGGAGGUGGAGGUGGGUGACGGCUCGCUGCUCAGCCACUGUCAUAUCGAGGGACCGGAGCGGGUGCCGGCGCACGUGCUGCUGCACACGGCGGCCGUGACGUGGCGCGGCCGCCGCCAGUACGUGGCGCUCGGUAUGGGUAUGCGGGACCCGGUGAAGGAGGCGCCGGCGCUGCUGGCCGGCCGGCCGGUGGGCCACACCGCCGGGCCGCUCUGGUCGGCGCGCCUGUUCGAGGCAGCCGACACGAUGGCCCAGGCAGCCGCGGCGACCCUGCGGCGCCUGACUGAGGCCCAGCCGCAGGUCGCCGACGAUCUCUGGAGCAUGGAGGACGUGAUGAAGCACUGGGACCCGAUGGCCAUGCUCGACUUCAGGGACGAGCUCGACAGACUGGUGGACGGCGUGGAGGCUGCAGACAAACUAGAAGCGGUGCGGAGCGAGAUGCAGGGCUCGGGAGACUGCAAGCAGCGAGCGGAGCCGAAUGGGGUGUGAUGGGAUCUCAGGGGUGCUAUGGGAUGCUUUCAGUGCCGUGCCAGUAGUUUUCAGGGAACACCUGUGCUGUGUGCGCACCAGGCUGUACAUUAUGUGGUGAAAACGAGCAGCAUUGUCGCAAAAUCGCCGCAUGCUAUUGAGGCGAUAUUACGGGUCAUACCUUUUGAUGCUUCCUCUUUGUGUGUGGGCAUUAAUUCGAACAAUCAGGUUGUGCAUUCCAGUAGCUUUACUGCCAGUAUGUAGUAUGUACCCUAGGGUUUGUGGCUUUCAUUUUAUACAUCACCUGUGUGUGACUUCAUUUUUGUGCUGUGCAAGCCAAAUGUAAACAGUUUUAAAGGGGAAAUCAAUAAAGGAAAAUGAUUCA